GGGGCCCCUGGCGCCGCGUCCGGCCCGCCUCCCCUGCUGCCGCCCUCACCUGCGCCCGGGGCUCCCCUCGCCUUCAAGGCCGGGGACUCCAGCCCAGACAGACAGGGGACGGCGCAGGGAGACAGCACCUGAGGAUACGGAGCUGGCUCUGGACUGCCUUUUCAUCCCCAGGUGAUGAGUGAGGUCGGGAGAACGGAAGAUUUUAAAAGCCACCGGGGCCUCCGUAUUGAAUGAAAGACCCAGUGCAAAGGCAUCACCAUGAACACGAGCAUUCCUUAUCAGCAGAAUCCCUAUAACCCCCGGGGCAGCUCCAACGUCAUCCAGUGCUACCGAUGCGGAGACACCUGCAAAGGGGAAGUGGUUCGCGUCCACAACAAUCACUUCCACAUCAGAUGCUUCACCUGUCAAGUGUGUGGCUGUGGCCUGGCCCAGUCAGGCUUCUUCUUCAAAAACCAGGAGUACAUCUGCACGCAGGACUACCAGCAGCUCUAUGGCACCCGCUGUGACAGUUGCCGGGACUUCAUCACAGGCGAGGUCAUCUCCGCCCUGGGCCGCACCUACCACCCCAAGUGCUUUGUGUGCAGCCUGUGCAGGAAGCCUUUCCCCAUUGGAGACAAGGUGACCUUCAGUGGCAAAGAAUGUGUGUGCCAGACCUGCUCCCAGUCCAUGACCAGCAGCAAGCCCAUCAAGAUCCGUGGACCAAGCCACUGUGCUGGGUGCAAGGAGGAGAUCAAGCAUGGCCAGUCGCUCCUGGCACUGGACAAGCAGUGGCACGUCAGCUGCUUCAAAUGCCAGACCUGCAGCGUCAUCCUCACCGGGGAGUACAUCAGCAAGGAUGGCGUUCCAUACUGCGAGUCCGACUACCACUCCCAGUUUGGCAUUAAAUGCGAGACUUGUGACCGAUACAUCAGCGGCAGAGUCUUGGAGGCAGGAGGAAAGCACUACCACCCCACCUGUGCCAGGUGUGUACGCUGCCACCAGAUGUUCACCGAAGGAGAGGAGAUGUACCUCACAGGUUCUGAGGUUUGGCACCCCAUCUGCAAACAGGCAGCCCGAGCAGAAAAAAAGUUAAAGCAUAGACGGACAUCUGAAACUUCCAUCUCACCCCCUGGGUCCAGCAUCGGCUCACCCAACCGAGUCAUCUGUGCCAAAGUGGAUAAUGAGAUCCUUAAUUACAAAGACCUGGCAGCUCUUCCCAAGGUUAAGUCCAUCUACGAGGUACAACGCCCUGACCUCAUUUCCUACGAGCCUCAUUCCAGAUACACGUCCGACGAGAUGCUGGAGAGGUGCGGCUAUGGAGAGUCGCUGGGAACAUUAUCUCCCUACUCACAGGACAUCUACGAGAACCUGGACCUCCGGCAGAGACGGGCUUCCAGCCCAGGGUACAUCGACUCUCCCACCUAUAGCCGGCAGGGCAUGUCUCCCACCUUCUCCCGCUCACCUCACCAUUACUACCGCUCAGGGCCCGAGAGUGGCCGGAGCUCUCCAUACCAUAGCCAGUUAGAUGUGAGGUCCUCCACUCCAACCUCUUACCAGGCUCCCAAGCACUUUCACAUCCCAGCUGGAGAAAGUAACAUCUACCGGAAACCCCCGAUCUACAAACGGCAUGGUGAUUUGUCUACAGCAACUAAGAGCAAAACAAGUGAAGACAUCAGCCAGUCCUCCAAGUACAGUCCAGCCUACUCACCAGACCCCUACUAUGCUGCGGAGUCUGAGUACUGGACCUACCAUGGGUCUCCCAAAGUGCCCCGAGCCAGAAGGUUCUCAUCUGGAGGAGAGGAGGACGACUUUGACCGCAGCAUGCACAAGCUCCAGAGUGGAAUUGGCCGGUUGAUUCUGAAGGAGGAGAUGAAAGCCCGCUCGAGCUCCUAUGCGGAUCCCUGGACCCCUCCCCGGAGCUCCACCAGUAGCCGCGAGGCACUGCACACAGCUGGCUAUGAUAUGUCCCUCAAUGGCUCCCCUCGUUCGCACUACCUGGCUGACAGCGAUCCCCUCAUCUCUAAAUCUGCCUCCCUGCCUGCCUACAGAAGAAAUGGGCUGCACAGGACCCCCAGCGCAGACCUCUUCCACUAUGACAGCAUGAACGCAGUCAACUGGGGCAUGCGAGAGUACAAGAUCUACCCCUAUGAACUACUGCUGGUGACCACAAGAGGAAGAAACCAACUGCCCAAGGACGUAGACCGGACCCGCUUAGAACGCCACCUGUCCCAAGAAGAGUUCUACCAGGUCUUUGGCAUGACCAUCUCGGAGUUUGAGCGGCUGGCCCUCUGGAAAAGAAAUGAGCUGAAGAAGCAAGCCCGGCUGUUCUAGGCAGAAGCUGUACAUAUAGAUGCAUUUAUAUAAAGACAUAUGGAAAAUCUCUACCCUGAAGCGCAAUAUAAUCCUCUUGUGUAACAGGAUGCACUGCCUGCCAUGAGACUUGCUUUUCUGUACUGUCAGGCAAGCCCACAUCAUCAGAGUAUUUUUUAUGCUCCUUCUCUUUUCUAAGUGCUGUGGGAUCUGGGAAGUAAUUUGAGGGGACUCUGCUUUUACUGGGGGUCCUUUUUAUACUGAAACAUCUGUCCUGACUUGAGUCCCCCAAGGUCCAACUUUCUCUCCCUAAAAAGGUGCCUGGAGAAGUCUCUCUACUCUCUGCUUCUUGGCCCUUUUCCAGGUCUCCAGGGCCGAUGCUAACCAUGCAGUUUCUGCACACUAUUGGCCCCAGAGGGGCCCUCCCAUGGGCAGAUCCACAGCGAUCUUCCUAAACCACUGAGCACCUUUGAGGGUUCAUGAACAAUUUUCUCUACACCCCCAGUCAGGAGCUCAGGGCUCUCUGGGGGUGAUGCAGUUAGAAGUAUGAGCCUCAAAUCCAUUCAUCACACCAGUAGAUGGAAGUGGAUGGGGCCUUGGCCUCUCCUUAGCUCAUCAACUCUCCCCCUUCUACCCUUAAUCCUGACCUUUCCCGUAUCCAGAUCUAGGAUUCAUGGUAGGAAUAAGAAAAAAGGCACUUCCCUUCCUUCCACCGCCUCUAGCUGGCCCCUUUGCCUGGCCUGGACUUCGAGAAGCAGAGGAAGAGAGGAGCUGGGUGUAGGAGGGAGAGCCCAGCACCUGGUAGGGGUAGAUCAGCAGGACCUACUGGCCCUCCUCUUGCCCUCACUGCUCCAAGCACCUUCUGAUCUGCCCCCUUUCUAGGAGAGGCUCAUGACUGCAGCCUGUAAUCUUCAGCCUUAUUACAGUCUAUGUGCCUGAUGAUCUACACACCACAGGGCUAACGUCCCCUCCACAGCUCCAACAAAACAACCAGACAGACAACUCUCACCUCUGCUACAGAAUAGGCCACAGCCCAAAGAAAGUUCUUGGCCUAUACCAUGGUUUCUGGGCUGGCAGGACAACCAUACUGAGCCCCCACCAAUCCCUGAUGUGAAGUUGGCCAGGUCUUCUGGGGAAAGCUUUCAGAGAGUGGCUGCUUACGAGAUUACAAAAUGAGUCACUGGCUAGCAGUGCUUGUGAUCAUCCUGGGCUGUGCCGGUGGCUGCUUUUUUGCCUUCCAGAACAGAAGUUGAACUUCUCCCACUCUCUCCCCAAACCUUCACCUCUGAGGUGGCAAUGUUUGGUGGGGGCUGCUCCUUCUUGGAGGAGCCUUGAGUCAGACCAUUUUGAGAUCACAGAGGAGGGAUAAAGAAGUAGAAGUAACAAUUGUGACUCUCUAGAGGCUAAUGACACUACCCAGCAAAUGUAGAACUGACUUCUGCAAACCCUCACUGAGCACCUGCUGAUGCUGAGCACCUGCUGAACACUGAGCACGGAAGGGGGAGGGGACACUGGGGUAAAUCAGCAAGGGCCCGGGUCUCGGGGGCUUCGAAAGGCAUGUACCCAAACAUAAUGGAUGUAAGGCAGAAAGUGACAGGAGGAGGUGUGAGGGAGUUCUGUGACAUGACCAAAAAGUCGUAUGCCAUUAGUGCAGACCAAGGAAAGCUUUCUGGAAGAGAUCACAUUGGAGCGAAAUCAGGAAGAUCUUUGUAAACUGGGAGGAAAUUGAAAGUUGAAAGAAUGAUCAGGUGGAGGAACCAGAAGAGAAGUCUAAUGCACUCUCAUUUAAAAUGUCAAGCCUCCUGCAAAUUCUCUUUUGUGGCCAAUGUCUUUCAACUUUCCUGACCCAUUAGAAAUGUCCCCAGCCAGAAGCAAUCAUUGAAACUGCCUCAUGAUCACUGGUUAACAACUUGCAAGAUGCAAGGGCUUUUGUUAUUGUUGUUGAAUAUUUUUUGUUUCCCAUAAAGCACAUCAUUUCAACCCAAA